CUCCCACGCAUUGUUGCCAUCUACCCCCUCGACGAACAAUACCAGGGACGUGACGUCAGCGGAAACCGAAACCCCACUGGUACCUUUGUUGGUGUGAGAACAGGACCAGGUCCUGAUGGGUGGCCGAACACAGCUACCGAAUUCUUUGGGAAUCGAAACAGCUACGUGGAGUUCCCGAAUAAUGGAAAGCUAGACGCAAAGAAUUCCAUAACAGUGUUGGCCUGGGUCUUGCACUUGGGUUAUGCUGGUCCGAUCUUUAACUUUAAUCGUGGUCCGGGUUGGGGCGUGCAUCUAUGGAUGACAAAACCACGACAGUUCUUUGCCCGGUUCGUCAGACGGGGUGGUCGCUUCACCACACCGCUCGUAACUCAUGGCAACAACGUGCGAUACAAAGCGUGGAAUUUCGUUGGUGCAUCUUUCGAUGGAAACACAGGAAUGGCCACACUGUGGGUGAAUAAUCGACCAGUUGUUCGGUCUAACAUCGGGAAAAUUCGUCUGGCGACAAACCGACCCGUGCGUAUGGGUGCAAAAAUUGGCGAUCGUCGGUACUUCCGUGGCAGGGUAUCUUGUGUUCAGGUUUACAGCGUGGCGCUUACGCGAAAGCAAGUCAUAAAUGCUGCAAGGAGAUGUUUCAAACGUAAGCCUGGCUAAACUUUCAUUAAUUGUAAAAUAUCUGUUCUUCUAAGAGUCGUUUCGUACCAAGUCGAUUCAUACCCAGCUAGGACCCUUUGUACCCGGUCGGUUAGUUCGUUUCGUACCCAUACUACUAAAAUGUGUUAUCCAUGUCAGGUGUGUUUUAAAUAAGUAGGUUUUCUUAUGUUCAAAAACAAUAUUACCAGCGUUAGAUAAGUUUUGUUUACGUGACGAACAUUUUUGAUGCGCAACCACGAAAUGAUCGUGUGUACCAAACGAAUGGAUACGUUCAACUGAAUCGUACCUUAAGAGCAGUUUCCAACUACUUCUUGCACAGCAAUUUAGUUAUGUUUCAUAGCUUACAUUAGCUCGCCAUUAAAUCAAAUCACUCUUUCUCUUUUUCUAUCAACAGGACAACCGCCACCAACACCUCCCCCACCAGGUACGAUUUAUGAAAGUGUGUUUUCUUUUUUUUUUUUUUUUUUUUUUUUUUUGGGGGGGGGGGGAGGGCAACGACUACGGCAAAAGUAAUUCUGAUAAUAUCCAAUUAAACAAAAAUCGUCAAAACAACCUUAUAGAAAAGGGGUAUUGAAUACCUUGAUCACCCCCUCGACCAGGCAAUGGUCCGUUCUUAUGAAAAUUUGUCAUAUGUCGGCCAACCUUGAAAGUUUCUUUUAGAUUUGACGAAUGAGCGUUUGCGCCUACUUUUGGCUAUCCACGUGAUUCCUUACUUUCUGAACGCCAGUCCUAAAUGUGAAUUUUUUAUCUUAAGAUUUCAAAGAAAGUCCUUUGGCAAUGUUCUGACCUUUUUCUUUGGGCAGUGACAAAUAAGUGGGCCCAAUAAUUGUUGUGUCUAAGCUUCGUUCGAGGAAGUUCUCUUCUCAAGUUCCACCCCUGACUGGUAUCUAUGAUGUAGUCAAAAGCUUAUCAGAGAAUUUUAGAUGGUUCAUCCCCAUCCAGUAGCAACAGUGAAUGAGAUAACUGUGACCAGAACUGCUUCCUGUAGCUCUUGUAGAACGUUCAGAAGAAGCUCCAGUAAAACUAAUAAAUAGACGGCCUUGUCUUAGUGGGUGGGUGACUGUGACCGUUACUUGACCCGUAACCUUCAAUUAGGAUUUGACCAAGGGGCGGACUGACUUAUUUUACUCGUUACUUUGCUUUCUCAGUCUGUAGAACAGUUGUAGACCUUGGUUUCUUAAUUGAUGGCUCUGGAAGUAUCGAAUAUCACGGUCGAGGAAACUUUAGGCUUAUGCUUCGCUUCAUAAAAUCCAUUGUGGUCACGCUGCCCAUCUCAAGAACACAGUCGCGUGUGGGUGCAGUGCUCUUCUCCACCAAUCCAUUUCCACUGUUCAGAUUUGGCCAGCUGAACACCAUCACGCAUGUGCAACAGGCUAUUGACAGCAUUAGGUACCCUCGUGGAAAGACUUACAUCGGCAAGGCUUUGGCUUACACCAGGAUAUUCUUAUUUGGCAGACGUAGGCAACGGAAUCGCAAGCGCGUCUUGAUCAUGCUCACGGAUGGCAUAUCACAGGACCGCGUCGGGCGUCAGGCGUCGCUGUUGAAGGCUAAAGGCGUUGAGGUUUUUGUCGUUGGUAUCGGAAGAGCGCUGAAGAGACGACAGUUGUUGCAGAUUGCCACAGACAGGAACCAUGUUUCUGUUGUAUCGUUCAGAGGGUUGGCUGCUUUAUCAAAAAUGAUAAGGUCCAAAAUCUGUCAGCUUGUCCAACCUACAGGUUAG